AUGUCAAGAGACAGAUUCAACAUACUUGAUAUACUACGAGUUAUUGGUGGUUUAUUAUUCUUCAAUGCUAUACUUUCUUAUUGGUUUACAUCAGAUACAACUUGGGGUUAUCAUGGUAAAUAUAUAAAUUGGAGAUUUUAUAAAUAUAAAUUAUUGCAAAAUAAAUUUAAUUUAACAUUGGAUGAGUUAUCAAAUUAUGAUGGUGUUAAAAAUAAUCAGAUUUUAUUGUCUAUAAAUGGAAGUGUUUAUGAUGUUUCAUCCAACUGGCCUGUAUAUGGUCCAAAGGGAACUUAUCAUAAUUUAGUAGCAAAAGAUGCAUCAAGAGUCUUUAUAACUGGUUGUUUUAUGAAACCUGAUGAAUAUACUUAUGAUUUAAGGGGGCUAGAUCCAGAAGAAUGUGAAUCUGAUAUAAAGAAAUGGCAAGAGUAUUUUAAUAAUCAUCAAAAGUAUUGGUAUGUCGGAGAUGUUGAAUUACAAUAUGAUGAUUUUGAAAAUAAAGAACCCCCAGAACCUUGUGAGCAUAUGAAAUUCCCAGGAAUGCAAAACUGA